AUGCUACUCACAAUCGUCGGCGUUUUGGGAACCGUUCUACCGGCGUUAGGAAAUUGGAGCGUUUUACAAGAACGCGACCCAGACGUUCGGGAUUACAUGUCAAUCGCUUUUACAAGCAAGAGUACCGGUUGGGUAGUCGGUGCCGCAUCCUUUGAAGACUAUGAAAAUCCAGGUUUCAUCGGAUAUACCAUGGAUGGUGGUAAAUCGUGGCAAAAAUCGGAAAUCAAAAUCCCUGCCGAUUUAGCCGAAGUGUACUUCCUCGAUGAUAAAUAUGGUUGGGCUGUCGGUGCGAACGGUACAAUCGUUGGUACGACCAACGGCAGAGACUGGGAAAUGCAAACCAGCAAGAUUGACAACGGACUGAAAGGCAUCCAUUUUGUUGAUAAAGAAGUGGGGUACGCAGUAGGUGAAAGCGAUACCAUCCUCUCUACGCAAAACGGCGGACGUAUAUGGAAAGUUCUUCAAGGUGGGCAACUCGGUGCCAUUGGCGAUGAUGACGCAAAUAUGUACAACGCAAUUCAAUUUCUUGACGAAGAAACCGGAUGGAUUGCCGGAGUCCGCGUGAGUCCCAGCACACAGGGUCAAUCUGCCUUAGUUCAGAAAACGAUGGAUGGCGGACAGACGUGGGUCACACAAAGUACCAACAAAGAGGAUAUCCUUGAAGACAUCUUUUUCCUUGAUGCGUCAAUGGGCUGGGCUGUUGGUGAAAAUGGUGUAAUCCUUUAUACCACUGACGGCGGUGAAACCUGGAAAGAGCAAAUGAGUGGCACGGAAGAAACAUUACGAAGUGUCGGAUUUGCAGAUGAGAAGAACGGCUGGGCUACAGGUGGCGACUUUGGAGUCGGUGCCAUCCUACGUACCAGUGAUGGUGGCAAAACUUGGGAACUUGAAGAUUCCAGGGAAAAACUGGUCAAGGUCUUUGUGCUUGACGGACAACAUGUUUGGUUAGCGAGUUCCACUGGCGCUAUAAUGCAGGCAGAAUGA